UGAAAAAGAGACUUGCUUUCUUUUUAAAACUCAAAGAGGAUUAAGAAAUGAAAAUGAAUAUCACAAAAUCUUAUGUGAUUCUUUUUCUGGUAGUUGUAAUGACGAACUCAUUGUCUAACUCUGAGGUUUUGGUUGCACCGGUGAUCGAAACAGCACAAAAUGAUGUUUGCUUUGUACCAUGUACAAGUAGGUACGGACAUUAUGAAUGUGCGUUUGAUUGUAUGCACAAAAGGUACAAGGAUGGAGGGUGUGUUCAUGGUCGAUGUUGUUGUAAAACAUAAUAUAAACCGAUCAGCGAUUUGAGAUUUUGAAUUAUAUAUCUUUAGCAUCUGAUUUAUGUAUGCUUUUCUAAGAAAUAAAACUAAUUUUAUUA